CGCUAAGCCCUCCCACCGAGCACCCGGGCGCCAGUCCCAGGCCGAGGGGACGGGCUGGGGACCCCGAAGCUGGGGCCAGGGGUGCGACCGGGCGCGGCGGAGAAGGCAGAGCGAGCGGAGAGGGCGAGGGUGGCCGGGUGGAGAGACGCCCGGGGCGCAGAGCCAGCGCGGGGUUCGCGGGCGCCGGAGCGGUUCGGAGCGGCGCGGGGUCCCCGAGCCGGGGUGCGGCCCGCCGGGACCCCUCCCUGCGCCCCGUGCUCGCCCGCUCGCCCGCGCGGUAUUUUUAUCCGAGCGCCACCGGCUCCCCGCCGCCCCCCACGCCGCCGCCGCCUCCUCGCGCGCUCAGCCCACCGGCCGCGCCGCACCCGGAGCCGCGCGGGGGAGCUGAGCCCGCACCGCCGCCUGGGACCCCGAGCCGCGCGCCAUGGACCCCAAGGACCGCAAGAAGAUCCAGUUCUCCGUGCCCGCGCCCCCCAGCCAGCUGGACCCGCGGCAGGUGGAGAUGAUCCGGCGCAGGAGGCCCACUCCUGCCAUGCUGUUCCGGCUCUCGGAGCACUCCUCCCCAGAGGAGGAGUCCUCCCCCAACCAGAGAACAGGGGCUGAGGGGCACCACGUCAAGUCCAAGAGAGCGAAUCCCUGUGGGUACACGCCGCCCUCGCUGAAAGCCGUGCAGCGCAUCGCCGAGUCCCACCUGCAGUCCAUCAGCAAUCUGGGAGAGCACCCGGGCCCGGGGGAGGAGGAUGAACUGGGGGAGCUGCGGGAGCUGGGCUACCCCCGAGAGGAUGAUGAAGAUGAGGAGGAGGACGACGAGGAGGACGAGGAGGAGGACAGCCAGGCUGAGGUCCUGAAGAUCUGUCGGGCUCCCGCGGGGCAGAAGACAGCCUGUGGCCAAGGUCUGGAGGGGCCCUGGGAGCGCCCACCCCCUCUGGAUGAGUCCCCAAGAGAUGGAAGCUCUGAGGACCAAGUGGGGGACCAGGCUCUGCGUGAACCUGGUGAAGUGUCGCAGCCCCCUGCCCACCCUGAGCCGGGCACCUAGGCACCCCGCCAUGCCUCUCCCAGAAGGAAGCAGCGGGUGCAUCGCUGUUCCCCAGAAACCCUCUCGUCUCCACACCCCGUUUCUGUGCCCUGCCCCUCCCUUGCUAGGGCUGCGGCUUCUGAGUUCUAGAAGAGUAAGGCUGGUCUGUGUUUGCUUGUUUGCCCUCACCUUUGGCUGAGGCCCAGACUUCCUGGGCACCUGCUGCCUGACGCCCACCCCUGCCAGUCGCUUAUGCCCCAUUCACCCGGUGGGAGGCGGAAGGUGAGAACUUGCACUGGAAAAGUCAAGUCAAUCCUUUAGAAUUUUCUUUCCCAGACCCUCCUCUCCCCUGGACACAGGAAACCCACAGGGCAGGACCCUAAGACCUGGGGAAAAGGGGGUACUGAGAAUCUGUAGGGGUGUCCUUAGGGCCUUCAGUCCCUCUGCUAAGAGGGUGUUCAGGUCACCUUGCAUAGCUUCUCAUUGGACCCGGAUUCAGGCGUCCUUCUGCACUGCCCCAACGUUCUCCAAGUCUCCCUCCCCCUCCGGCUCCCCGCCCGGUGCCUGGCAGAGGGACUGGCAGAGGCUGCUUUGUUGCGUUUUGUUUGUGCUUUGAUGCCAGGAAUGCCGCCUAGUACACAUCCUUUGGGGUGGGGGGCCCGAGUGGGGGGGAGCCAGGUUCUCCUUGUCUUCCAGCUGCUCUGCCCCCUCCCCUCUUCCCCAACUCCAAGCCUGAAUUGCUUCCCUGCUGUAAUAAAUCUUUGUAAAUAAUGGU